GCCGUCUCACCUGACCAUGAUUCCGUCUCUCCGUCAUCCCGACUCACGUGCACGACCAUCACCGCUCGCUCACCACACACAAUAACACCCACGACCAUCGCGACUCGCUCACACUCACACACACAAUAUCACCCACGACCAUCACCGCUCACUCACACACAAUAACACCCACGACCAUCACCGCUCGCUCACCACAUACAAUAACACCCAAACAUCUAAGGUUCAUCCGCGCGUGCGAGCGACGACUUCGCGGGUGAGUGUUUCUAUGUGUUCUCCGUGGACUUCGUAGCAUUCAGAACUUUGGAUAGACUGAAGAGAGGAAGAAAGGAAAGAAGAGAGGGAAAAGGACAAAGAAAAAAGAGAGGAGUGAGUGAGAGAGGGAGGAGGAGAUAUCCCAAUGCCUCUGACUUGGGUGCCAUCAUCUGACAGUGUGACAGAGUGACGAGUUCUUCGUGAUCCGGGAAUCUUCAACACAAGCCCGUGAUGUCACGACCCGCUCACCUGGCGCUGUGUGUCCUCCUGGUGGUCAGCUGGUGCAGUGGUCAAGAUCAUGUGCUCACAGUCCAGGACGCACGCGAGAUUCUUGACCAGCACAACGACUACAGGAGGGAGGAGGGGGCCGCGGAUAUGUACUUGUUGCACUGGAACACGAGCCUCCAGGAGCGCGCCAACACCUGGGCCCACAAGUGUAACUUCCGGCAUGAGCACAACAUCGACGUCGGGGAGAACCUGUUCUUUGACAACGACCACAAGGAGAAAGUGCUGAUGAGGGGCCUCAAGGCCUGGUUCGUGGAGAAGGAGCUGUGGUCGUUCGCCAUGCCCACCUGUGGCGACGCCUGUCACUACACACAGGUGCAGGUGUACCUUUGGUGGUUGACAGGUGCCCUGUUAUAG